AAAUUAAGUGAAGCGUACAAAUUAUAACGUCAUGAUUUUUUUAUUAAUGUAAUUUAUAAUUGUACAUAAAACUGUUCGUGUCUACUAGUUUCAAUAUUAUGUUUAUAAAUGUUAUGCAUACAAAUAUUUAGUUUUUAUACUUUGAAGUUAUCUGCAAAACAGUUAGGUAUGUUGUAGAUGUAUGGAAACAUUACUGGAUCAAAUAUACUUAUUGUAUAUUAAAAAAUCGUUUGAAAUUAAGCAUAAUGGAAGGUACAAUUUAUUUCUAUGCAAAAGUGAUUUCAAUAUGUAUUACAAAAACAAGAACAACAAAAAGUAUGUUUUGGCUCUGGAUGUCCUCGCGAUACUUCAAAAGCUGGUAUGAGUCCAUUUAUGAAACAUUAUACAUUAGAAGAUUAUGAAAAUGUAGCACCAAAUUCAUAUAAUGUUUUGCAGUCAUUUCAAGCUAUUAAAACUAAGCCCUGUUCUCAUAGUAUUAGUAGAAAAGGCUAUAGUGGUAUUGCCAGAUUCAGUACCAAAAUUCUUCUCAAACAUACUAGUCCAUCGCCAUCUGAUUACAAUAUUUCUAGGUUUCCUAAACAAGUACAUGAAUCCAAACAUCCAUUUGAAUCUACCAGCAGUAGAGGAAAAUUUAUUGACAGUGGAAUUCCAGGGCCAGGAAUGUAUGUUAGCAUUAAAGAACCAUGUCAUAAAUUUUAUCACAGUUUUGGUGGUAAAAUGAAUAUGAAACUUGGAGUGGAUUUAAAAUGUUGUAGCAAAAACACAGAUGUUUGCAAAAUAUGUAACAAAAAAUUGACUGGUGACUAUUGGCACCUAAAAAAUAAACUAUUUUUAUGUCGGUCAUGUAUGAAUAAAGAAUAUGAAACACAAACAACAUAUAAAAGAAGAGAAUUACAACAGUUUCGUAAAAUACGAGAUUGUUCUAAUAUACAUCGACAUGAAAAUACAAUGGCAAAAAUAUGGUUAAUGCAUCCCUCGGAUAUUGCAAAGUGGAUGCAUAGAGAAGCCUAUCUUUCUACCUAUUUAAAAGGAUAAAAAUAUUGCAUGGUGUUUAAAGAUAUGGCAUGAUAGACAAAAUUUAAUCUUAAUAUUUAUUCUUCUUACAUGUUAAUACAAUUAUUUAUGUACUGAACAUUUUUUGGAUUUAUUUGAUACAUUUAAAGUUCAGUCAUCACUUCUACAAUUUAUUACUUUAAAUUCAUAUUUAUUUGUAUAUACAAAAAUUAUAUAAAAAUAGUAGUGACUUAUGUAUAUUUAUAUAUAGUAAAUAUUUUGAAUAAUGUAUUUGCGUAAUUAGUAAAAGAUUUAGUUUAAUAAUGGGUAUUUUUAUAACUACUAAUAUUAUUACGUAUACAUGGUAAUCAGUCCAUACAAAGGAAAUAUUACUUAUUAGUGUUAGGUAUUACCUUUGCAUUAAU